CGCCGCCGGUUGGCCGGAGCGGGUAGCGAUGCCGGUCGCCGCCCGCUCAGCGCCCCGCAGAGCGCAGUCCGACGCCCCCUUCCUCGCCCCCGCCCGCCGGCGGGAGAGCGACGGCGAGCGGCCCCAGCCCCUCCGCCAGGCCGGCGAGGCGGGCCGGCACGGCAGAUGGGUGGCUUCUUCCGCCGCCCCCUUCCUGCCUUCCUUCUCCACCCCUCCGCCGCCCCCCGUCUCCUCCGCUGCCUCCUCCCCCGCUGCCGAGGCCGCCGCCUCUACCUCCCCCUCGGCUGCUUGCCUCCUCCCGGCACCCCCCCGCACCCGCGCUCGCUCCCGCUGCGGCUUCCCCGGACUCGCCAUGAGCGGCGGUGCCGCUCGCUUGCCGCCGCCCCCCGCCCUCUGCCCGCCACCGCCGCCGCCCCUCCACGGGCCGAGUCUGCCGGAGCCCGGAGCACGCAGCCAGGGCCGGGGUAGCCCCGCCGGCCACGGCGCACCCCGCACCGCCCCGGGCGCCAGAGGCCCGCCACCAGGUAGCAUUGGUACAUCCUUUCAAUGCCACUCAAUCCAUCAAGAUCAUAUUUGUAAUGAUGACGGUGACAAGAGCGAAGACAGUCCCAGUCCCAAGCGACAACGCCUUACCCAUUCAGUCUUUGACUAUACAGCAGCAUCACCAGCCCCAUCACCACCAAUGCGACCAUGGGAGAUGACAUCAAAUAGGCAGCCUCCUUUGGUUCGGCCCAACCAACACCACUUCUCAGGGGAACGAUGCAACACACCCGCACGAAACAGGAGGAGUCCUCCUGUUCGACGUCAGAGAACAAGGAGAGAUCGUUUGUCUAGACAUAAUUCCAUUAACCAGGAUGAAAACUACCACCAUCUCUCCUACGGACAGCAGCAAGCAAUAGAAGAGCCCCGAGCCUUUCACCCACCAAAUGUAUCUCCUCGUAUGUUGCACCCAGCUGCUCACCCACCACAGCAGAAUGCAGUGAUGGUUGACAUUCAUGAUCAGAUCCAUCAGGGCACAGUUCCUGUCUCAUACACAGUGACAACGGUGGCUCCACAUGGGAUACCACUUUGCACAGGCCAGCACAUCCCAGCCUGCAGCACACAGCAGGUCCCAGGGUGCUCAGUGGUUUUCAGUGGGCAGCACCUUCCAGUCUGCAGUGUGCCUCCCCCAAUGCUUCAGGCGUGCUCAGUCCAGCACCUACCUGUACCAUAUGCAGCAUUUCCACCCCUCAUUUCUAGUGACCCAUUCCUUUUGCAUCCUCCUCAUAUCUCUCCACACCACCCUCCUCACUUGCCUCCUCCAGGACAAUUCGUUCCUUUCCAAGCACAGCAGUCACGGUCGCCACUUCAAAGGAUAGAAAAUGAAGUAGAACUGCUUGGAGAACAUCUUCCUGUAGGAGGUUUUACAUACCCUCCCCCAGCCCAUCCACCAACAUUGCCUCCCUCAGCUCCUCUCCAAUUCUUAACCCACGAUCCUUUACACCAGGAGGUGUCAUUUGGUGUACCUUACCCACCUUUUAUGCCUCGAAGACUCACAGGGCGCAGCAGAUACCGAUCACAGCAGCCAAUACCACCACACCCUUACCAUCCCAGCCUAUUACCUUAUGUGCUAUCAAUGCUGCCAGUGCCACCUGCAGUUGGACCAGCUUUCAGCUUUGAGUUGGAUGUGGAAGACGGAGAGGUAGAAAACUAUGAGGCACUGCUGAAUUUGGCAGAACGCCUGGGAGAAGCCAAACCACGAGGGUUGACAAAGGCAGACAUUGAACAGCUUCCAUCCUACAGGUUCAAUCCAAACAACCACCAGUCAGAACAGACAUUGUGUGUGGUGUGCAUGUGUGAUUUUGAGUCAAGGCAGCUACUUAGAGUCUUGCCCUGUAACCACGAGUUCCAUGCCAAGUGUGUCGACAAAUGGCUGAAGGCAAAUCGUACCUGCCCAAUUUGUAGAGCUGAUGCUUCGGAAGUGCAUCGUGAUUCAGAAUGACCAGUCUAAGAGCACAAAUCUGGUUUGGGUGUUCCUGGUCACAUGUAUAUAUGAACUAUCUAUUGAACUUACCCAUGUGGCUUCCAGCCUACCCUUUACACAAAAGGGUCAAUGGACCUUACUUUGCACUGUGUGACUUAAUCAAUUAUAAAGCUUAUAACUAGUCUUCACAGUUACAGGAUUGUUAUACUAACAGUAUGAUUGGAACUCCAAAGACUUUUUUUUUUUUUUUUUUAGCUUAAUUUUGUGUGUGCACUAACAUUCCCUGGUUUUUGUGUGAUCAUUCCGAGUGUUGCUGCAAGAUUACUGUGGACGUGAUCUUUUAGCAUGUGCUUUUAUAUAAAAGAAAAAGAAAAAAAAAAAAGUGGUAGCUCCAAACAAUAUAGCAAUCUACCUUAUAUAGAGCCUUCAGAUACUGUGAGUGGGAAUGAAUGGUGUAAAUGUGUGUUUGCUUGUGAGAGGAUGUGUGACGUGUGCUUGUAACUGAGUGAGUGUGCAUGUGUGUUUGAGAACCUAUAUACCAGCAUGUACCAAGAACGUAUGUGUGUAGUAAUAAUUAUGCUGCAAUGUAUAAUCUUGUGUGUUAUUUAAACAGUACUAGUACUGUACACUGGUUCCUUUCCUUGUGUUUGCAGUUGCACACUGAAUGCGAUGGGUGCAGCAAUUACAGACAUUUAGUAUUUCCUCCCCAAUGUACUUACAGGUAUAAAGACCUUUCUACCUACUAUUCAAACAGCUGUAAUGCUUCCCCUUCAUUGGAGGCUUUAAAUGUGUACCACUAAAGAGUGCAUUGAUUGUUCAUACAUGAGUAACCUUGGGGUUUUUAGCAUAUGUUACAAAGUCUGGAUUUUUAAAUGGCUGAUUUACAAGUUAUUUUAUCAAUGUAAAGUUGCAAUAUCACAGAAAUCAUUUAGCAAUAUUAACACUUUCAGUUGCUAAUAUGAGUAUCAAUGCUUUUCUGUUCUGCUUUUAAAUUUUUCUAGCUGGGUUUGCCAGUUAUAUGCUUCUUCCAUGAAAGGAAGUAGAAAGGACACUGAGGGUGUUGUGCAAGAGCUCUUCACUUUUGGCCAUUGUACUUGCUAAGGACAUAAUCUUUUAGCUUAUAAACAUUGGCUUUAAUCACAUACAUUCUUUGUUAUUUACAAGGGAGUUUGUAUACAAUUAAAAUAACUUGUAAAAGGUUACAAUUUUAUUCCUGCAACUUCAUGAAUAAAAUAAAAUUUUUAGCAUUUUCUCAGAGAAGUAGAACUUCUGAUUUUUUUCAUUCUAUCACAAGAGAAGGUAGUUUUUGGUCACUAACUGCAGAAUUCAGUUGCCCUGAUGCUGCUUCUUGCCCUUCCUUAUUUCAUGAUGAGUGUAAUACAAAGAAGGAACUUCCUUGCUUUUUGCAAUCAAGUUUGCAGAGCUCCACUAUAGGAGAAAAUUGGAACACCUUCCAUAACAGUGCUGUGAAAUAGGAAGUGGUAACCUCUAUUCAAGUGCUCUGAAUAAUGUUUUAUUUGGGCUAUUAAAAAAAAAAAAGCUUCAUUUAUAACAUUCAGACUGUUAACAUCUUUGAUAUGUUCUAGCAAAACAUUUAGGUCUGCAUAUACCAUAGUUAUUCAAAGGAUGCACUUUCUGCAACAAAAUUAUUCUCCUAAAUUCAGUGUCGUUACUUUGGUUGCAGCAGCACAGGUGGCACAGUUAGCAAUAUUGCUGCAACUUGCUGCCAGUCUCAGCUUUAAGUUUAUUCUUCAUCAUUUCUGAUGCUUUUGUAUGCUGCUAUGCUCUAGUGUCAGUUAUAAUUUCAAACAGCGUUAGAUGUUCUCCAGGCUGAUUUCCCUCUGAAGAUUCUACACAUCAGUCACAGCUCUUGGUGCAGAUAAAAUAAAAGCACAAUUUUGCUCUAUUUCAGAUGGUCUUCCCUCUGUUUAGUUAUGCAGGUAGUUCUCAAAAACAGUGAGUCUUUCCAUACCUAUCGAUACUUAAGAACACUAAAUAACUAAAAAUGCUGGUACAUCAACUUCAAAAUACUAGAAUUUCUUCUCUCUUCCAGUGUAGUUAGAGAAUAGGCUUCUCACAAUAACACCUAGCAGGUUAAAUUACAUGUAAUAAAAUUUAUUUUUUUAACCAAUAAAAUCAUGCGUUUAAAAAGCAUAUGCCACGUCUUGCAAACGUUAGGCUCUUCUAUGUAACUGCAAAAGAAAAAAUCCUGUGUGUACAGAUUUGAACAUAACUAACACUACUCUGCUCAGUAUUCAGUUCAAAGCAUGUAAAGAGGGUACUUUUUCUAAACCAGAUGCAAUGAACAAGACACAUCCUUCUGGAGCCAAGGAAAGUAGUCCUCUUUCUAGAAUUGGGGAAAUCUUGAUGUGUCCCUUUCUCCCUAGUAAAACUCUGAAGCAGUGGGAGAUCUAGGAGAUGGAGGGUCUAAGUUGGUAAAAUCCUGAAAUUAAUUGUUGCACUCUUACAGCUCAUCUCUUCUGGAAUGGUUCUUUCAUUUGCAUGGGACUCUUGCAAAUACAUGUGGACUUGCUUCCUGUGGUUAGUGUGUAUAAACAGCACACUUGCAUAUGUUCUGAAUCAGCUCAGACAAGCGACAACCAAGUCUUCUCUGUUGUGGCUGUCAAGGGAGGGGGAUUCAUGUUUAGCUGUUAACUGCCAUGUGUUAUGCACAUUUGUGUGUAAUUUCACAGCCUGCCAUGGUGCCUGGCAGCACCUGAAUUUAGCAAGACUUUUUUUAUGUUGAUUGCCUUUCUGCCAUCACCUGGCUCCUUCUUCUCCAAAAAAAAAAAACCAAACCUGUAGUAUGUUUGCUUUAUCAUAUUGGCACUGCUGUGUUUUUGCAUAAACUGUCAAUUUAAUUUGACAUUUUAGUGGAUAUGAAGGCCUACAGAUAAUUCCAAUGUCUCAUUUUGUGGCUUGCUUUACAAAAAAAGCCUUUUGUUGUAUGCCAUUUUGUGCAGCUUUUGAAUGUGAUUUCACAGCUGUUAAUCCAUUGUAUAAUAUGUUGGAUGAGAUUUACCAACCUUUCUAAUUUUAAUUGUAGAAAACACAUUUUCGACUGAUUUAUCUUUGGGCCUUUGUAAAAGCUGUGGUUUUUUUCUUUGGUACAUUGUUACCUCAUUUUGCUACUUGUGUUUCAGAUUUGCUAAUGAUUAUGAAAGCUUAUGGGUUUUGUUGGAAUCAUAUUUUGUCAAGUGUUUUCUUUAAAUCAUACGCUAUUGUAUCAUUUAACAUGUAGUUUUAAAUGUAUUGUAUCUGUAACCAAAUCAUUUGAAGGCUUGAUAAAUUUUUAACAAAAUUUGUACAUUUUUUAUGAGAGUUACUAGUAAUGCUUUACUAGGUAGUGCAAUGAAUUUUUAUUUUUAAUCCCUGUGCCCAAUUUUGGAGUUGAGAGAGUUGUUCGGUAAUAAAUGUAUGAUGUACACUUACACAA